GGCGGCGACAGCCCUCUUCAAUUUUUCAAUUAAUAUACUCUCUGAGAGUGGAACAGUGGCGCUCAUGACACAUCUAGCGUCUUCUUAAGAUACUAUAUCUAUGGGCGUAACUAAACAGCUGCCGCGGCAGAGGGUAAGGCGGAAAGUAUUAUCCAAGAAUUAUGCAGCAUACGUAAGGAUAAAAUAGAGCUGUGAAACAUUUCUUCGUGAUUUCAUAUUGCCCUUCUGCUUGGAAGUAUGGCUAUUAAUUUGGAUAUAAAAGUCAAGAGGGCUAAUAAAGUAUAUCAUGAAGGAGAAAAAAUUACAGGAUUAAUUUUAAUACAAUCUCCAUCAGAUAUAAAACAUGAUGGUAUUUCUUUAACGAUGGAAGGUACUGUCAAUUUACAACUUAGUGCAAAGAAUGUUGGCAUAUUUGAAGCAUUUUACAAUUCUGUGAAGCCUAUUCAGCUUGUUGGAAUGACUUCAGAAGUUGCUCCUGCAGGAAAAAUACCUAGUGGUAAAACAGAAAUACCAUUUGAAUUUCCUCUUACUCCACGUGCAAACAAAAUUCUUUACGAAACAUAUCAUGGAGUGUUCGUUAACAUUCAGUAUCUGUUACGAUGCGAAAUGAAGAGAAGUUUUUUAGCAAAAGAUCUUGUUAAAGUGGCUGAGUUUAUUGUGGAGUAUAAGCCAUCUGGUUCUGAGAAAGCAACUCCACAUCCUGUGAAAUUCUCUAUUACACCAGAAUCUUUGCAGAAUGUCAAGGAUAAGAGUCGAAUACCCAGGUUCUCAGUAACAGGUCAUUUAGAUUCAACAGUUUGUUGUAUAACUAAACCAUUUACUGGAGAGUUAGUUGUUGAAAGCUGUGAAGUUCCUAUUAAAUCUGUAGAAUUACAAUUAGUACGUGUUGAGACAUGUGGCUGUGCUGAAGGUUAUGCUAAAGAUGCUACGGAAAUACAGAAUAUUCAAAUAGGUGAAGGUAAUGUACCCUGUGGAAUUGCAAUACCAAUAUACAUGGUAUUUCCUCGUUUAUUUACAUGCCCUACUCUCUCAACAAGUAACUUCAAAGUUGGUUAGUUUUCAAGUUUACAUAAUACUUUGUACACAUGCAAGUAACUGAAAUAUUUCCAUAGUGUAUUAUAUUCCAUUAACAAGGGAAUCAAAAGAUUUAAAACAAAUAGUUUAUGGCCUUCUGAGAUUCAUUUUAUCAAUCUGAAUCGUUUUGAAUUUCUCCAUAAGGGAGAAUUUUUUGUUGAUCUUCCAUUAUUGUCUUUUCGCAGUUUCAUGACAUUGUCUUUCUAUUACAGAAUUUGAAGUUAACAUUGUUAUAAUAUUUCAAGAUGAUCAUUUGAUAACUGAGAAUUUUCGAAUAGUCCUGUCUCGAUAUUAAAUGUUUUGGACUAGCUGAAGAAAUGCGAUUGUUUGUAUCAUAACUGGAUAUUGCACUAUGUUGCAAUUCAUAUAGACAAUGCAAAGAAAGUGAACCAAUAACUACAAAACCAUAGAAACUGAAGCAGUAGACUGGAAAGAAGAAUAUCCAUUUUAGUACCUCAGCAAAACUUUUGCUCAGUUAAACUAUCCGAAAGCUCUCUUUUUGUUACUUGGCAAAUUAAAAAAGCAGACUCCAAGAAAAUAUGCCAGAUGAUGGAAUUAUCAAAUACAAGAAUGAAGCAAUAUAAUAAAAAAAUGCUAUGGGAUAUAAAAAACAAUAUUAACAUGACAAACUGCAAAAUAGACAUGAUAUCAGACUGGACUCGGGAAAGAAGAAGAACAAGGAAUGCCCUCAUAGACAAAAUGGAAGAAGAUAAUGAUGAACGUGACAAGAGACAGAUGUCCAGAAGGAAGAAGGGCGGUACGACUUAGAACAAGAUGGAAAGUCUGUGAAAGUGUGACAGUGUGAACAAUGUAAAAUGUGAAGUUAUGAAAGUGAUUAUAUGAAAUGUCAGUUGUUUUAAAACAAAUUUCCUUUGCAUAAAAAUAGUCUACAGCUUUAAAUAAAAGAAAGAAGAAAACAGAUCAAAAACCUAAAGAAUACUGAAAAAAUGUGUUAGCUCUUGGCAUGUCUUAAAGAAAAUGACCUUCAUUGGAAAUAUCUGAUAUAGGUGUUGAAAUUCUUACUAUCUUUUCAAGUAUUACUUUAUAUCAUGCAUGGUUUGAAUAAAAUGUAUAAAUAGGGAAUUAAAUGUGUGUAAAUACCUAGAGAGGGUGCAUUUUUAAUGAAUUUGUUAUAUAAUCCAGGUCCUUUCUGUUGUGACUAGUAUUUUGCUAAUGCAUUUGAAGUUUAUAUAAUUCUGUUUGUAUAUAUGUUUUAUACUCUAUUAAAAAACACUAAGAACUAUGUCACAG